AUGCAGUUAGAUGCAGAACCUAAAAACGUCACCGAAAAACCAAAAAGAAAAUACACCAAAAAACAGGGUGCAUCUACAGUUCAAAAUAAAUCCGGAGGAAAAAAAGUCCCUAAAACAGUGGCCGUACAUAAGAAAAAUAACGGAAAACAAAGCGAAGAAACAGUUCAAGAAGAUGAAGAGGAAGUUUUCUGUACAGUUUGCUGGGAUUCAUAUGAUAACAGUCGAGCUGGAGAAGAAUGGGUCCAGUGUAUGAAAUGCAGUGGAUGGGCGCAUGCCAAGUGCAGCAAUGGCAAAAAGAGAUAUUGUUGUGACAAUUGCGAGUAA